ACGUUUGAUAAAAACAAAUUGUUGUUAAUCCCGCGACACCGCCACCGCAAAUCGACUAGUAAGCGAGAUAAACGCGCUCUGGCCCCCGUCGACAAUGACCUAGGGCCGCGGGACGGUUCUGAGAGCGACGCGACCGACGAAGUAAACACAGAAUGGCGGACGGGCACAGCAGCGACGAGUCCGACGCAGAGAACCAGGUCGAGCUCGCGGGUGUGCUCAGCAAAUGGACGAAUUACAUACACGGGUGGCAGGACCGGUAUAUUGUGAUAAAGAACGGAACUCUGCUAUAUUACAAGAGCGAACAGGAGAGUGGGUAUGGGUGCAGGGGCGCCCUGUCCCUGGCCAAAGCCACCAUCAAACCCCAUGAAUUUGACGAAUGCCGGUUCGAUGUGGCUGUCAACGAUUGCGUUUGGUAUUUGAGGGCUGAUUCCAUUGAAAGCAAGCAGAGCUGGGUCGAAGCUUUGGAGUCAUAUAAGAUAGAAUCUGGGUAUGGUACGGGUUCGGAGAACAGCCUGAAAAGACAUGGGUCAACCGUCAGCCUGCAGUCGAACACGUUCAGCACGGCGUCGGGUAGCAGCUUCAAGCGGUCGUCACGCAACCUGCGGGAGAAACUCGCCGAGCUCGAGACGUACAAGGAUAUCCUCUCGCGACAAAUCGACACCCUCCAACGGUAUUUCGAUUAUUGCGAGAACAAUAAUGCACAAAACAACUUGCCAAACAAAGGUGAAAAUUUAAUUUUAAAAUGUGGGGCAGAUAAUAAUGCGGCAAAUUCCAUUGCAGAUAACUUGCCGGUGGUUGACUUCAAGGGGGAAGCCAUAACGUUCAAGACGACGACGUCGGCCGUCCUCGCUACGUUGGACCAUUGCGCCGAAUUGGUGAAUCAGCGCGAGGACGCGUGGAGAAAGAGGCUGGAAAGAGAGGUGGACCGCAGGAAACGGUCAGAGUCGCUGAGCAAAACGUAUUUCGAUCAGAUUCAGAAAAUCAGAAAUGUUCAUCCUGGACCCGAUCUAGAGGAGGGACCACAUAGUGUCCUAGCCGAUGACGAGUUUUACGAUGCAGUGGAAUCGGGCAUAGAUAAAAUGGAAGAGGAGCACGAGUUACGUGAGAGGCUCAAAAGUGGCCCAGUCAUCCCCAUAACACCUCCGCCAUCAGCACCCGGAUCACAGCACAGACUCUGGCCGGAGAUUGAAAGGAUGGUGCAAGAACAGGUCUCGAAAGCGAAACUAGGUGUGGGCGAAUGUGGUACGGGAUGGCAGUUGUUUGCCGAAGACGGUGAAAUGAAAAUGUAUAGAAGGGAGGAGGAAGUGGAUGGUAUGGUGGUGGAUCCAUUGAAAGCUGUGCAUGUGGUCAAAGGUAUCACUGGUCAUGAGGUGUGUCAUUAUUUCUUCAGUCCACAGUACAGAUAUGACUGGGAAACUACGCUUGAACAGAUGAACGUAUUGGAAACAAUAUCUGAAGACACCCUGGUAUUCCUACAAACCCAUAAGAGAAUAUGGCCCGCCAGCCAGAGAGACGUAGUCUUUUGGUCCCAUAUGCGACGGUUACCUAACGAUCAGGACAGAGACGGGCCAGAUAUAUGGACUGUAGUGAAUAAUUCGACCGAGGAUCCCGAAUAUCCCGCCAACGUGGGUAAAUGUGUUAGAAUAUAUUUGACUGUGUGCUUGAUGUGUCAAACACGUGUGGACCCGCCCAAAGAUGGUGCACCUAUUUCUAGGGAUAAUGUUUCGUGUAAAAUAACAUACUGUUCUGUUGUAAACCCAGGAGGAUGGGCACCCGCUUCAGUAUUGAGAGCUGUAUAUAAAAGAGAAUAUCCCAAAUUCUUAAAGAGAUUUACUGCUUAUGUGAAAAACCAAACAAAAAACAAGCCUAUAAUGUUUUAGAUUUAAGGUCAGGGUUUUAAGUCUUUUACACUAUUUUAAUUUUUAUUUAAAUUCAAUAUUAUUAAACGUUAUUUUAUGUUAAA